AGAAGAUGAAUAAAAUCACUAUGUGACUUUAAAAAAAAAAACAACCAAACUGCUUAGUCUAUUGAAAAAAAUAAAAAAUACAAAAAUCUACCACCCAGAGUCCACAAUCUUCCCUGGUUUCCAGACCCUGGUCCUGAACACAGUCAUGGUGUCCUUCCUCACGGUGCUCCUCCUGACUGUUAUGACUCUCCUGACCCUGUCAGCAUCCCAGGAGGUACAGGGCAGAGGUCAAAGGUCUCCAACAGACACCAAGGACUCAGUCAAGGUGGUGAUUUCUGAAAGCUGGAUUGGUCAGAGUCAGUCAUCACACACACAAGGUAAAGAACUGGACCUAGUUCCUGGUUCUCCUCUGGUUCUGACCCAUCGGAUCAAACUGGUUCCAUCAGGGGGGUGUGGCUGCGAGGUGGAGGUUGUCACUCUGAGGGAGCGUGUGCAGGAGCUGGAGAGGGAGGUGUCGGUCCUCAGGGAGAAAUGCGGAAGAGCAGAACGAGACUGCUGCGCCCCCAAAGAGAGCAAAGGUGCUGUUAAAGAACAGACUGGCGAUUGUCCAAACGAGUGCAGUGACCAGGGCCGCUGUGUGGACGGCAGGUGUGUCUGCUUCCCUGGAUUCAGUGGGCCGGACUGCAAGGAUUCUAACUGUCCUGGGAACUGUAAUGACAGAGGCAGGUGUGUCAGCGGACAGUGUGAGUGCGAUCCUGGAUUCUCAGGGCCGGACUGUGCCCAGACAGGCUGCCGUGGCAACUGUAACCUUCAUGGAAGGUGUGUCAGUGGUAAAUGCAUCUGUGAUGUCGGUUUCACAGGUCCUGGUUGUUUGGAUGAAUCCUGUCCCAGUAACUGCAACAACAGGGGGCGCUGUGUUAAUGGGCAAUGUGAGUGUGACCCUGGAUUCAAAGGUCAUGACUGCGCCAAGAUCUCCUGUCCCAGGAACUGCACCAACAGGGGGCGCUGUGUGAAUGGGCGGUGUCAGUGUGCUCCAGGAUUCAGGGGUCCUGAUUGCUCCAAGAUCUCUUGUCCCAGUAACUGCAACAACAGGGGUCGCUGUGUGAAGGAACUGUGUGUUUGUGAUCCUGGAUUCAGGGGUCCUGAUUGCUCCAAGACCUUCUGUCCCAAUAACUGCAACAACAGGGGGCGCUGUGUGAAUGGACACUGUGAGUGUGACCCUGGAUUCACUGGUCCAGAUUGUUCAGAAAACUCCUGUCCUAGUAACUGCAACAACAGGGGGCGCUGUGUGGAUGGACAAUGUGAGUGUGACCCUGGAUUCAUGGGUCCUGAUUGCGCCGAAAUCUCCUGUCCCAGUAACUGCAACAACAGGGGGCGCUGUGUGGAUGGACAAUGUGAGUGUGACCCUGGAUUCACAGGUCCUGAUUGCGCUGAAAUCGCCUGUCCCAGUAACUGCAACAACAGGGGGCGCUGUGCGGAUGGACAAUGUGAGUGUGAUCCUGGAUUCACGGGUCCUGAUUGCGCCGAAAUCUCCUGUCCCAGUAACUGCAACAACAGGGGGCGCUGUGUGGAUGGACAGUGUGAGUGUGACCCUGGAUUCACAGGUUCUGAUUGCGCCCAAAUCUCCUGUCCCAAUAACUGCAACAACAGGGGGCGCUGUGUGGAUGGACAAUGUGAGUGUGACCCUGGAUUCACGGGUCCUGACUGCGUCGAGAUCUCCUGUCCCAGUAACUGCAACAACAGGGGGCGCUGUGUGGGUGGACAAUGUGAGUGUGACCCUGAAUUCAUGGGUCCUGAUUGCGCCGAGAUCUCCUGUCCCAGUAACUGCACCAACAGGGGGCGCUGUGUGAAUGGACGGUGUCAGUGUGAUCCUGGUUUCAGGGGUCCUGAUUGCUCCAAGAUCUCCUGUCCCAGUAACUGCAACAACAGGGGGCGUUGUGUGAAGGACCUGUGUGUUUGUGAUCCUGGAUUCAGGGGUCCUGAUUGCUCCAAGACCUUCUGUCCCAGUAACUGCAACAACAGGGGGCGUUGUGUGAAGGGACUGUGUGUGUGUGAUCCUGGAUUCAUGGGUCCUGAUUGCUCCAAAAAUGUCUGUCCCAAUAACUGCAACAACAGGGGGCGCUGUGUGGAUGGACAAUGUCAGUGUGACUCUGGAUUCAUGGGUCCUGACUGCGCCGAGAUCUCCUGUCCCAGUAACUGCAACAACAGGGGGCGCUGUGUGGAUGGACAAUGUGAGUGUGACCCUGGAUUCUCGGGUCCUGAUUGCACCAAGAUCUCCUGUCCCAGUAACUGCAACAACAGGGGGCACUGUGUGAAUGGACAAUGUGAAUGUGACCCUAGAUUCACGGGACCUGCUUGCGCCGAGAUCUCCUGUCCCAGUAACUGCAACAACAGGGGGCGCUGUGUGGAUGGACAAUGUGAGUGUGACCCUGGAUUCACGGGUCCUGAUUGCACCGAGAUCUCCUGUCCCAGUAACUGCAACAACAGGGGGCACUGUGUGAAUGGACAAUGUGAAUGUGACCCUAGAUUCACGGGACCUGCUUGCGCCGAGAUCUCCUGUCCCAGUAACUGCAACAACAGGGGGCGCUGUGUGGAUGGACAAUGUGAGUGUGACCCUGGAUUCAUGGGUCCUGACUGUGCCGAAAUCUCCUGUCCCAGUAACUGCAACAACAGGGGGCGCUGUGUGGAUGGACAAUGUGAGUGUGACCCUGGAUUCACAGGUCCUGAUUGCUCCAAGAUCUCCUGUCCCAGUAACUGCAACAACAGGGGGCGUUGUGUGAAGGACCUGUGUGUUUGUGAUCCUGGAUUCAGGGGUCCUGAUUGCUCCAAGACCUUCUGUCCCAGUAACUGCAACAACAGGGGGCGUUGUGUGAAGGGACUGUGUGUGUGUGAUCCUGGAUUCAUGGGUCCUGAUUGCUCCAAAAAUGUCUGUCCCAAUAACUGCAACAACAGGGGGCGCUGUGCGGAUGGACAAUGUGAGUGUGACUCUGGAUUCAUGGGUCCUGACUGCGCCGAGAUCUCCUGUCCCAGUAACUGCAACAACAGGGGGCGCUGUGUGGAUGGACAAUGUGAGUGUGACCCUGGAUUCACAGGUCCUGAUUGCACCGAGAUCUCCUGUCCCAGUAACUGCAACAACAGGGGGCACUGUGUGAAUGGACAAUGUGAAUGUGACCCUAGAUUCACGGGACCUGCUUGCGCCGAGAUCUCCUGUCCCAGUAACUGCAACAACAGGGGGCGCUGUGUGGAUGGACAAUGUGAGUGUGACCCUGGAUUCACAGGUCCUGAUUGCACCGAGAUCUCCUGUCCCAGUAACUGCAACAACAGGGGGCACUGUGUGAAUGGACAAUGUGAAUGUGACCCUAGAUUCACGGGACCUGCUUGCGCCGAGAUCUCCUGUCCCAGUAACUGCAACAACAGGGGGCGCUGUGUGGAUGGACAAUGUGAGUGUGACCCUGGAUUCAUGGGUCCUGAUUGCGCCGAGAUCUCCUGUCCCAGUAACUGCAACCACAGGGGGCGUUGUGUGAAUGCACAAUGUGAGUGUGACCCUGGAUUCAUGGGUCCUGAUUGUGCCGAAAUCUCCUGUCCCAGUAACUGCAACAACAGGGGGCGUUGUGUGAAGGGACUGUGUGUGUGUGAUCCUGGAUUCAUGGGUCCUGAUUGCUCCAAAAAUGUCUGUCCCAAUAACUGCAACAACAGGGGGCGCUGUGUGGAUGGACAAUGUCAGUGUGACUCUGGAUUCAUGGGUCCUGACUGCGCCGAGAUCUCCUGUCCCAGUAACUGCAACAACAGGGGGCGCUGUGUGGAUGGACAAUGUGAGUGUGACCCUGGAUUCUCGGGUCCUGAUUGCACCAAGAUCUCCUGUCCCAGUAACUGCAACAACAGGGGGCACUGUGUGAAUGGACAAUGUGAAUGUGACCCUAGAUUCACGGGACCUGCUUGCGCCGAGAUCUCCUGUCCCAGUAACUGCAACAACAGGGGGCGCUGUGUGGAUGGACAAUGUGAGUGUGACCCUGGAUUCACGGGUCCUGAUUGCACCGAGAUCUCCUGUCCCAGUAACUGCAACAACAGGGGGCACUGUGUGAAUGGACAAUGUGAAUGUGACCCUAGAUUCACGGGACCUGCUUGCGCCGAGAUCUCCUGUCCCAGUAACUGCAACAACAGGGGGCGCUGUGUGGAUGGACAAUGUGAGUGUGACCCUGGAUUCAUGGGUCCUGACUGUGCCGAAAUCUCCUGUCCCAGUAACUGCAACAACAGGGGGCGCUGUGUGGAUGGACAAUGUGAGUGUGACCCUGGAUUCACAGGUCCUGAUUGCUCCAAGAUCUCCUGUCCCAGUAACUGCAACAACAGGGGGCGUUGUGUGAAGGACCUGUGUGUUUGUGAUCCUGGAUUCAUGGGUCCUGACUGCGCCGAGAUCUCCUGUCCCAGUAACUGCAACAACAGGGGGCGCUGUGUGGAUGGACAAUGUGAGUGUGACCCUGGAUUCAUGGGUCCUGAUUGCGCCGAGAUCUCCUGUCCCAGUAACUGCAACCACAGGGGGCGUUGUGUGAAUGCACAAUGUGAGUGUGACCCUGGAUUCAUGGGUCCUGACUGUGCCGAAAUCUCCUGUCCCAGUAACUGCAACAACAGGGGGCGCUGUGUGGAUGGACAAUGUGAGUGUGACCCUGGAUUCAUGGGUCCUGACUGUGCCGAAAUCUCCUGUCCCAGUAACUGCAACAACAGGGGGCGCUGUGUGGAUGGACAAUGUGAGUGUGACCCUGGAUUCAUGGGUCCUGAUUGCGCCAAGAUCUCCUGUCCCAGUAACUGCAACAACAGGGGGCGCUGUGUGGAUGGACAAUGUGAGUGUGACCGUAGAUUCACAGGUCCUGAUUGCACCAAGAUCUCUUGUCCCAGUAACUGCACCAACAGGGGGCGCUGUGUGAAUGGACGGUGUCAGUGUGAUCCUGGUUUCAGGGGUCCUGAUUGCUCCAAGAUCUCCUGUCCCAGUAACUGCAACAAUAGGGGGCGUUGUGUGAAGGACCUGUGUGUUUGUGAUCCUGGAUUCAGGGGUCCUGAUUGCGCCAAGACCUUCUGUCCCAGUAACUGCAACAACAGGGGGCGUUGUGUGAAUGGACUGUGUGUUUGUGAUCCUGGAUUCAGGGGUUCUGAUUGCUCCAAGACCUUCUGUCCCAGUAACUGCAACAACAGGGGGCGCUGUGUGAAUGGACAGUGUGAGUGUGACCCUGGAUUCACAGGUCCUGACUGCACCGAGAUCUCCUGUCCCAGUAACUGCAACAACAGGGGGCGCUGUGUGAAUGGACAAUGUGAAUGUGACCCUAGAUUCACAGGUCCUGCUUGCGCCGAAAUCUCCUGUCCCAAUAACUGCAACAACAGGGGGCGCUGUGUGGAUGGACAAUGUGAGUGUGACCCUGGAUUCACAGGUCCUGAUUGUGCCGAGAUCUCCUGUCCCAGUAACUGCAACAACAGGGGGCAUUGUGUGGAUGGACAAUGUGAGUGUGACCCUGGAUUCAUGGGUCCUGACUGCGCCGAGAUCUCCUGUCCCAAUAACUGCAACAGCAGGGGGCGCUGUGUGAAUGGACAAUGUGAGUGUGACCCUGGAUUCACGGGUCCUGAUUGCACCGAGAUCUCCUGUCCCAGUAACUGCAACAACAGGGGGCAUUGUGUGGAUGGACAAUGUGAGUGUGACCCUGGAUUCAUGGGUCCUGAUUGCACCGAGAUCUCCUGUCCCAGUAACUGCAACAACAGGGGGCAUUGUGUGGAUGGACAAUGUGAGUGUGACCCUGGAUUCACGGGUCCUGAUUGUGCCGAGAUCUCCUGUCCCAGUAACUGCAACAACAGGGAGCGCUGUGUGGAUGGGCAGUGUGAGUGUGACUCUGGAUUCAUGGGUCCUGAUUGCGCCGAAAGGUCGUGUCCUGAUAACUGCAACAGCCGCGGAAGAUGUGUUGAUGCCAAAUGCAUCUGUGACAGUGGAUUCACAGGUGCUAGUUGUUUGGAUGAAUCUUGUCCUGGAAACUGCAACAGCAGGGGGCGCUGUGUGAAUGGACAGUGCAUUUGUGAUGUCGGUUUUUUGGGUCCGGACUGUUCUGAAAAAGAUUGUCCCAACAACUGCAGCAAUCGCGGGAUGUGUGUGAGGGGGAAGUGUGUUUGCAACGCUGGCUUUGCUGGUCCAAAAUGUGCAGUCAAAGCUUGUCUCAACAACUGCAACCACAAAGGCCGGUGCAUCAAAGGGAAGUGUAUGUGUCGGCAUCACUUCAUCGGAGCAGACUGCAGUCGCUGUGAAGAGGGGUGGACCGGAACCAACUGCAACACCAUAAUGUCAGAUGUAUCCCAGCUGAGUACAAGUGACAUCACAGAGACAUCUGUCACUCUUACGUGGACUCCGCCCCCUGUCCAGUACAAUAUCUACCACCUGACCUUCACCGGGCAGAAGGAGAGUGACACAAAGAUCAACAUCCAGGUGGAUGGCGAUUUGAGCAGCUUCACCCAGAUGGGCCUGGCACCCGGUCAGGACUACAGUGCCACCAUCAGGGGAGAAGUGGACGGAAGGCUAGGGGCUGAGAGCUCCACCCACUUCAUGACACUCAUACCCGGUCCCUCCAACUUACAUGUCGUCAAGACGACCAGCACAUCUGCAGUGGUCCAAUGGGAGCAGUCACGGGGUGAAAUCGACAGGUACCGUUUGACCAUCGUGGCUGACGGUGAUCGAGGGAGGACGCAAGAACUAACCAUCCUGCCACACAGGGACUCUGCCCACAUUAAGCAGCUGGAGGCAGGGCGUUUGUAUGAUAUCGUACUAGUGGCAGAGAAAGGUACGAGUCAGAGUGAAUCAGUGACGACCCAAGUCACUCCAGGAAAGACCUUACUAAGGGUUACCAUCACACCUGUGACCGAGCACGUCACACCAACACCAGGACAAGACCACAGUUUGACUUUUUCAACUGAGGAGCAACAUGAGAACAGGACGGAGAAUUGGAGAGAAGCAGAGUCUGUCAAAGUCCGUGUUGGAACAAACAAAGACUCCUCAUCCAGUACCAAGACCAGGGCGAAUCCCCUGUUCAGCAGAAAGGAUGGUCAUAGACCUAAAAUUGCUUCUCGACCCACAUUAUCCGGGAAGACCAAUGGCUCUUUCAUUUUUAAUACAAGUAGAAUUGCACCUGAUUUAAGCAGGAUUGGUUUGAAAACUCCUAUAGGGGGCAUGAAGAAGAAGGCACCAACAGUGAGCAAAAAACCCAAAUCUGAAGUCCCGAUAAUAAGAAACCAAACAGCACCUUUGACUGAGAGAGACCCCAGUAUCCUAAGCACGGAGAAGGGGGACCACAAAAAUCAGACUGUAAUCUCUGGGGUUGACUCCAGAACCAACAACUCUGACGAAUCAAACGUCAACGUUGUCUCAGAAGAGCAGCCACACGUUGGAGAUCCAGUGACUUCAGAGUCAACUGAGACUGUUCAACACAAUGAGAAGAAAUGUUUGAAUAAGAUUAAAGUGACACACAUCCGAUUAUCCUACAAGGACAGAGUCAGCGGGUGCAGUGGAGAUGAAAAUGUGCUAGAAAAGACAACAUCCAACCCAAAUCUGAGUUCCUCUGAGUCCAAAGAAAUGACUGUAACAAGUGACGUGAACCCUAUAUCUGAAGAGACAGAGCCCAACUAUACACCAGAUCCUUUGCAUCAACUCCUCACUGACACUUUUGAUGAUUUGAACAUUAAGACAUUUUCUAUUCAGCUUUCCAAACAGUCAAAUCUCUCUGACACAAAAACACUGAGGAGGCGGAUUUUAUAUGGAUUAAAACCACUGACAUCAUCCUCAUCAUCUUCAUCGUCCGUAACAUCUGCACAGUCAUCAGUAGCCCCGUCUUUAUCUUCAGAUCCACAAGCUUCAUCAUCAUUACCAUUAACGGCUUCAUCAUCACCGCCAUCAUCUUCAUCAAUCUCAGAAAAAUCUCACUCUGAAGGAAAUGAAAUGCAAGAAGCUAACACCAAAGAAAAUGCCAUUGACCUCCCUAAACAGACAGAAGACCAACAACCUUCAAGAGAUGCUGAUGUUCCUGUUUUCCGUCGUACAUUUCCAAAACUGGGAUAUGUACGUCGCUUACGUCAAAACCCAGGACUAUAUCAGAACCGUACCCGGUUACUUUUAAGAGCUCAUUAUCAUUCUCCAUUGUCAAAUACUACACAUGGACUAGGGACACAGAGGAUACACACAGCCGCAUCUUCAGGUCCUUCAGGGGAAUCGCCUCUAUUGGAUGGAAUUGUGCCUGAAGGGGAUCCAAGUGGACACAAAGAUGCGGUGACAAAACACAUGUCAUCUGGAAUUGAGCAAAGUCAGAACAAACAGCCAACAGAAGGAGGAAGACUCACAGUUAGACGCCUCCCUCCUAAGGCUGGACUGCUGCGCCGCCCAAAUGUUGGAACUUUAACAAGCCAAAUCAAUCCUAAUUUAAGGAGUCCUCUUGAUUCUGAAACAGAGAACGAUAAUAUCUCCUCAAUUCAAUUGCACACUACCUCAUUACCACAUUCUUCUCAUAAGAACUCCAGUCCAGUUGAAGGCACAGUGCCAGUGCGAGAUGGCAGUGAUGACAUAAUUAAGGGAAAUUUUGUCACUCAGUUAAAUCAAACUGUGGGACGUAAUGGAAUAUCUUCCUUCCGUCCCACAGCUCCCAAAGGUGCUUUCUCACGCCGACCAAACCUCUAUGUAGGACCCUUCCGAAACAGAACCCGGACAUACCUAAGAUCUCAUCCAUUUCCACAUGGAGGUCCCACACACAAGUCUGUCCUACACGGAAAAGUAAACGGAAGCAGAAGCACGAAAUUUCAAAGUAGUCUGUCACAAAAUUCUAACAUCAGUAAAAUUCCGUUUAGCCAAUCAGAAGAGCAGAAUAUCGAAAGCCCAACUGACGGAGUUCAAAUUACACCAUCAAAAAAACAAGGCACUCUAGAGUUAGUUCCAAAUGGACACGUAGUGGGUCAAAACACUGCCGUAACACAAACUGAACAAUCAGAAUCGGGGGAGAAUGUGCCGAUACAAACUAACAAAUUUUUGGAGGAAGGAACACGUGAUACUGAAUCUGCUUCCUACUCUGGCAUUCAGAAAAAUAGAAGUACUGGUGCAAUAUUUCAAGGAAGACCAACUAUCCAAUUGCGUUCACCAAGUUCAGGCCAAGGAGCCUUAAAGCGAGUCACACUUCCAAAGAGCAAAUCUUCAACAGGAAUAAUACAAGCACGAAUCGCCAUCCAGAGGAAAAAUAACAUAGAUGGAGGCAAAGGAGCAGAUGAUUUAAGAAGAAACAAUGCUCCAAAAACAGGGUUUGAGGGUAACACAGAGCAGAAAGGAAGUGGUGCAUCCAACGUUCCUGUUUCUUCCGAGGUUACGAGGGACCUCCUGGACUAUGCUGGUGAGAAAAACCUGCCCUCAGAAGAAUAUAAACUCACAAGUGCAGAAAAAGUAGAAGCAUUACCAGAGCAGGAAAGUGAGAAAGAAGAAGAAGACUCUGAGAAAGAAGGUGGAGAGGAACAGGAAUCAAACAAAGGAAAGAAUGCAGCUGAAAACACACUUGCUGAAAGUGUCACCACAGAAGUUGUAAAGAUCCAGACAAGGACAACAAUCAAACCUCCAGCACAAAAUGACCAAAUCUUCAAGCAAGUCCAUCCUGGUUCAGAUCAGUCCUUCUUGUUUGAGAAUGUUCCUCUGCAGAAGGAGUACAACGUGACCUUCCUGGGAGACGGGCAUGGCCUACCAUCCAGACUGAACAAGCUGGUCAUCAGUACAGGUCCAGAACCUCCGUCCAACAUAGUCUUCAGUGAGGUGACAGAAAACUCUAUGAAGGUGUCUUGGACCAAACCUAAGAGUGCUGUUAAUGGUUUUAAGGUCACCUACACCCACACAGAGGAUGGGGAGCCGAUGUCUGUGUCUGUUGACUCUGAGGACUCCAUGCUUGGAUUGUCACAGCUUUCUCCCAGCUCCUCAUACGAGGUCAGUGUCGUCUCCAUUUUGGGCCUGGAUGAGAGCGACCCCAUCAAAGCCUUUGUCACAACACUCCCUGCCCCGCCUACAGACCUGCGUGUCAUAAACAUCACAGAAACCAAAGCAUUGUUAUUAUGGCGCCCAGCCAUGGCUGCUAUUGACAAAUACGCCAUCGUUUACAGCACGGAGAAAGACAAGGAAGGUUCAGAACUGAGGAUCACGGUUUCUGGGAGCGCAGCUGAGCUGCAGCUGAGCGGUCUGGAAGGAUCCACCACCUACACGGUGACCAUCAGCAGCCAGCUGGGCGGCCUGGAGAGCUCGAAGGCCACCACCCACUUCACCACCCACGGAGCUGGAAGAGACGCCGAGAUGGUACUCACUCUUCAGGCCAGCCGGGUCACCCCUCGUACUGCCAUGUUGUCAUGGGCGCCACCCUCAAACCCUGUGGAUAGCUACAGGCUGACCUAUCAGACAGAAGGUCAAGAUAUGAAGGAAGUGACAGUUGAGGCCUCAGCGACAGAGUUCAACCUGACCAGACUUCAUCCUGGAUCCAACUACACAGUGCAGCUGCAGGCAGAGGCGGGCAGACGCUAUAGCGCCGCUACCAGCACAGAGUUUACCACUGGUCUCCUGCGGUUCCCAUUUCCUCGCGACUGCACUCAGGAGCUGCUCAACGGCAUUGUGUUGUCAGAUGUGGUGAAGAUUUUCCCUCACGGGAAAGAUGGUGUUCCUGUCAACAUCUACUGCGACAUGGAGACAGACGGCGGAGGGUGGAUGGUCUUUCAGAGGAGGAAAGAUGGCUCGGUGAAUUUCUACAGAGGAUGGAAAGAAUACGUCAAAGGAUUUGGAGAUCUGAAGGGAGAGUUCUGGUUCGGCCUGGAGAGUCUCCACAACCUGACAUCCAUGACCAGGAUGAAUUUACGUGUCGACCUGCGGAACGGAGACGAGUCUGCUUUCGCCACAUACUCGACCUUCCGGGUGUCCAGUGGGAACUACAGGCUGAGCGUGAGCGGCUAUAGCGGCACGGCAGGAGAUUCCUUCAGUUACCACAACAAUGGGAUCUUCACAACCAAGGAUCGGGACCCGGCGCCAUUCCUCACACGCUGUGCCAUGUCAUACCGUGGUGGCUGGUGGUACAGGAACUGCCACGAGACCAACCUCAAUGGCCUGUAUGGCAUCAAUGUCAGACACCAGGGUGUGAUCUGGAGCAGUUGGAAAGGAAAAUACUUCUCCAUCCCAUUCACUGAGAUGAAGAUGAGGCCGGUGGAUUUCAGACCUCCAGCUCGAGGAUAAAAUAAAGAACUGUGUGCACAGCCGACAUUUAACACACACCACUGAGACUUUUUUUUUUUCUUUUUUUUUUUUUUACCGGCGGUAUAGACGGCAGUUAUCACUGUGGUACUUUUAAGCUAAUUUUUAAUCAUUUUGUCUUUCAAGCAGCUCAAACUUCAUUUGCAUUUACGGAAAAAUUCAGGCACUUAAUUUAAAAAUCUAAUUUUUAAACACAGAUGGUAAGUUUAAGCUAAAUUUUAUAUGAAGUUUAAAGUCAGUUUGAUGCACUCAGCUAAGUUUAGGUUUAGGUAAUUUAAGAUUUGAGCUCAGACUAUUUAAAUGAUUUUAAAGUUGAACUCAGUUCUUUAAAGUCAGGCUGUUUAGUUUUAUGUAAUUUUUAAGUUUUGAGCUCAAAUAAUUCUAUUCAAAUCAGUUUAAAGUUGAACUUAGUUCAUUAAAGUCAGACUCAGUUUAGGUUUAAAUAGUUUAAGAUUUGAGCUCAGAUUAUUUAAAUUAGUUUAAAGUUGAACUCAGCACUUUAGAGUCAGUUUCAUUUUAGUUUCAUGUAAUUUAAGAUUAGAGCUCAGUUAAUUCUACUUAAAUCUGUUUAAAGUUGAGCUUAGUUAUAGUUCAUUAAAGUCAGGCUCAAUUUAGGUUUAAAUUAUUUAAGGUUUGAGAUCAGAUCUGUUUAAAGCCAUGUAAAGUUGAGCUCAGUUUAUUGAAAUCAGGCCAGUUUAGGUUUAAUUAAUUUGAACUUUAAGCUCAGGUUGGUCAGGUAUGUUUAAGUUUAAAUAAUUUGAACUUUGAACUCAGCACUUUCUUCACUUGCUUUUAGUUCUCCUGAUUUUUCUCUUAUUGUUUGAAAUUUGCUUGACAGCAAAGCAAACAAAGGUUCUUGUGAUUUUUGUUUUUUGAAAGCUCUUCUCAGUUUGUAAAUACAAGUCAUCCCUGAUUUUAAAGCUCAGCAGCGCCCUCUUGCUGUGAAGUAGUCUCAGUGCACUGUGUUUCUUCUAUGUGAAGAAACAAAUGUGGGGAAAAUAAUAGAUGAGUGAUGGACCGUUUAACUUUGUGGUUCAGAGGUGGACUGUACCAUGUGUUUGACCUGAUUUGUGUCCAGCUCUUGUCUUUCUGUAUAUUUGUUUUUAUACGUUGCCUCAUUAAACAGAAUUUUGACUGG